CAAAUUCAAACUUAAAUUUACACUGUGCGUUCAAAGUUCAACUUAAAGUUUUUAUCAGUUUUAUUUCACUUCUUGAAGUCCACUGAGAAGUAGCCAAGUAUAUUUAAAAUGGCUUCAGUGAGUGCCCUCACCCGAGUGAUCCUUGGAAAGACCGCGCUCAACGCGCGAGCGGUCGCCCCCAAUGCCGGCUUCGUCAAAUUCUAUAGUGCAGCGCCAGCCUACGAGAACAUAAAGACGGAGGUGGUGGGCAGCAAGAAGAAUGUGGGUCUGAUCCAGCUGCACCGGCCGAAGGCUCUCAACGCGCUGUGCAAGCCUCUGUUCGUGGAGUUGGGGAAGGCUGUCGUGGACUUCGACAAGGAUGACAGCAUCGCCGCCAUUGUUAUCACAGGCAGCGAGAAGGCGUUCGCGGCCGGCGCGGACAUCAAGGAGAUGCAGAACAACACGUACAGCUCCAACAACAAGGGCGGCUUCCUGCGCGAGUGGGAGGACAUCAGCAACUGUGGGAAACCAGUUAUUGCGGCGGUCAACGGGUUCGCGCUUGGCGGCGGCUGCGAGCUAGCCAUGCUGUGCGACAUCAUCUACGCGGGUGAGAAGGCCAAGUUCGGGCAGCCCGAGAUCAACAUCGGCACCAUCCCCGGCGCGGGCGGCACCCAGCGCCUGCCCAGAUACGUGGGCAAGAGCAAGGCCAUGGAGAUCGUGCUGACUGGCAACUUCAUUGAUGCUCAUGAGGCGGAGAAGAUGGGUCUAGUCAGCAAAGUAUUCCCCGUGGACAAGCUCCUCGAGGAAACCAUCAAGCUCGCGGAGCGCAUCGGCACGCACUCCCCCCUGAUCGUGAAGCUGGCCAAGCAAGCGGUGAACCAGGCGUACGAGACCACACUCAAGUCCGGCCUGCAGUUCGAGAAGAGCAUCUUCUAUGGGACUUUUGCCACUGAAGACCGUAAAGAAGGCAUGACCGCAUUUAUUGAGAAGAGAGCGCCCAACUUCAAGAAUGAAUAGUUGUAUUUCCUAUGUACAAUCAUGUAUGUAUCGAGAAUGGUGAUUAAAAGUGUUAUGUAUCUUUGUAUGUAUAAUGUAAGAGAAAAUCUAUGUAAAUGUGUAUCGAAUUUACAACAUAUUGAUAUUUUAUUAUAGUUAAGCUACUUUAUACAACGUUUACAAGUUAUUAAAUUUUAAAUGUUUAUUA